AUGUGCUGCGCACACAGUAAAUCCUUAGUGUUUGCGGGACUGCUGCUCAACUGCCUAGAGAUGAUCUUUUCAGCUAACACAGCUCCAGACAUACCUGUUAUCGACCAAGCUUAUUCAAAACUUAGCAACAGUAUCACAGUGGAAUGGAGAGCAGUCCCUGGGGCUACUAGUUACAUGCUGACUGCACAAGAUGGAGAUUCCUUCAUUGAAACUGUAGUUAAAAAUUCUCCAGGCACAGUGACGGGACUGAAACCUUCCACCUUGUACAGAAUCACCAUCAGAUCUAUGAAUUCAGGAGGAAAGAGCCAGCCCUCACCUUUCAGAAAAGCAAAAACAGUCCUGGCUGCUCCGAUUCUGUCUGUGAGUUCUCCAAGUUGUGACUCCAUUGCAGUGAGCUGGAAAGCUGUGUAUAUGGCAGCUGGAUUCUCUGUGUCACUCAUGAGAUCAGAUGGUUUGGGCAGAAUGCUGAAGGAGAACACCACCAACACCUCCUUGAUAUUUACAAAUCUAGAUCCAGGAACUCUCUAUACUAUCAAGGCUUAUGCCUGGAAUGUCAAUGGGAUGCCUGGAGAUGAUUUCAUAUAUAACCAACGAACAAGUCCUAACACACCGGUGGAUGUUAAAGUAGCUUUUAACAGUGGUGCUUCAAGAGCUGUUGUUUCUUGGAUGCCAACAGAAGGAGCUCUAACUUACAGUGUCACAGCCUCCAGUGGACUGUUGAAACUGAAGUGUAACACAUCUUCCACCUCCUGCACGGUGCCAUCCCUCCAGUGCGGCUCUGAAUAUUAUGUUUCUGUCACAGCACACAAUGAUGCUGGAUCCAGCAAACCUACUGAUGCAGUAAGCUUAAAAACUGUUCCUUGUGCACCAGUAAAUAUAUCAAUUGAAGAGGCUGAACCUGGACACUUGCUGGUAUCAUGGUCUAGUGUCAGUUUUGGGCAUUAUUAUGUGGUUUUUGUGAAGAGCGAUGAUGGCUUGGAAGUGUACUGCAACACGUCAUACACUCAAUGUCAUUUCCAGUCGGACUGUGGCUUCACUUAUUUCAUCAGUGUCUUUGCAUAUAACAAGGCAGGGCAGAGCCCUUUGGGUGAUGUAUUCAAUUACACCACUGCUCCUUGUUGCCCCAGCGACUUCAGAGCCGUGUUCGUGUCAAGCGACACCGUGCGGGUCGCGUGGGCUCCCGUCCGAGGUGCUGACAUGUACGAGACCAGAGCUGCUGACUGGGGCAGUGUGGUGCUCUGCAAUGACACUGCCACAGCCUGCACCUUGUCUGCUCUGCAGUGCAACACCCCCUACAGCAUCACCGUGUAUUCCUUCAGCGAGGCCAGGGGCAGCAACACGUCCUGUGCGCCCAAGCGCGUGGAAACAGCUCCCUGCAGUCCUGAAAUUAAGAAUAUCUCCAAGGAGAGCCUUUCAGUAAUCAGUGUGCAGUGGCAAUCUAGCAAUGAAGAAGCUACAUAUGUUGUCACUGCCAGAGGAGAGGCUGGACUUUGGCAUUGCACAAGCACUGGAAAUUCCUGUACCCUAAUUGAUCUUCCCUGUGGAUCUGCUUUCUCUGUUAGUGCUAUAGCAAGAUCACCAGCAGGACAAAGCUUACCAAGCUACAGUGUCCCUUUGGAGACAGCUCCUUGUUGCCCUAAUGACCUGAUACUGACUCAAGUGACCCAGUCUGUAACAAAUAUCAGCUGGUCUGUUGGGAUGGGUGCACAGACAUACCUAACAACGCUGGAGUCUCCAAAAGGGCAGGCAAAGUGUCACACUCUUCAAAACUAUUGUCUCCUGGGAUGUAUCACAUGUGGCACCAAUUAUACAGUGUCUCUGCAAGCAAUUAGUGAAACGGGUUUGACAUCCACUUGCACAUACCAAGGAUAUUCUUCCAGUGCUUGCUGCCCUUCUGGGGUGAAGCUGUUCAGACUCAGCAGUAGUGGCAUCAGGGUGUUGUGGAGAGCUGCUGAUGAAACCAUAAACUACAGCACUGAUUUACAUGGCUCAAAAGGCAAUUUCACCUGUGCCCCCAGCUUGGGUCAAAGUCACUGCGACAUCACCGAGAUACCUUGUGGGGAUGUCUACACAGUGGUAGUAGCUCCGGUCACUGAUAAGGGGCUGAAGCUCACAUUUUGUCCUAAAAAAAUAUAUUCAGUAACAUGUUCUGGAAGCUCUGUUGGAAUGGUGAUUUAUAGAGGAAAGAGCAAUGCAGAACAUCUCUAG